UGGCUCUGUGGGCGCGCCGAGCGCUGACGUCACGUCAGUGAGUAAAAUAAUCACAUUCAGUUUUUUAAGCAUUUGCAUACAAAUUCCGAAGCAGAAUAAUUGUGCAUUUUUAUGAAGCGGUGAAACAGUGCACACUAUCGGUGUUAACGCCCGGCUUGCGAUAUAAAAAUGGAGUCACCACCAGAAAUUAAAGUCCCAGAAGCGGAGAAUCCGUCGGGCGCGAGCUCGAAUUUUUUCUAUGAUUUUCUGACUAGCCCCGUCGAACUGGUGUUAGCUGUUGUUAUUGGUGUGUUAGUGUACAAGUUGUUGAAGAGCCGUUUCAGUAGAGUGAGCGUGGAGGCGCCGGCGCCGGAGCUGCCGAAGCUGAGGAAGGACAUGGCGGUGGCGGAGCUGCGGCAGUACGACGGCACGCAGCCCGACGGCCGGGUGCUCGUUGCCGUCAACGGCUGGAUCUUUGACGUAACGCGCGGCCGCCGCUUCUACGGACCCGGAGGCCCAUAUGCAGCUUUUGGUGGCAAGGAUGCGUCCCGGGGGCUGGCCACAUUCUCAGUGACGUCCUCGGACAAGGAGUACGAUGACCUGAGUGACUUGAACUCAAUGGAGAUGGAAUCAGUCAAAGAAUGGGAGGCACAGUUCAGAGAGAAAUACGACCUCGUGGGCAAACUGCUGAAGCCAGGGGAGGAGCCCACCAACUACUCCGAUGAGGAGCCUGAAGACACGGACACCUCGGCCGCCAACACCACGGACAAGAAGGAAGACUAGCCGAGAACUCACGACCACAUCUCAUGCCUUAGCAUAAGUCUCUUUUGGAUCUUACGCACGUGAGAUUUGUUAUACAAGUGUUCUUAAUUAACUACUUUAUCGGAGGCUAAAAUCAAUAAUCGAAUUCGGCGAUGACGGCAUCUUCAAAAUUGAAUCUGAAAGUUCCGAAAAACUUGUGCUAAUAUACCGGUAUUUGUUCGUAAAGUUGCAUUCAUUUUGUGAUAGUGUUUUGAGUGGACUUUAUGAGCAAUGUUUUGUUUUUCCAACACAUUAUGCGAGCCCUUGGAGCCGUUGGCAAGUCUCAUUUACACGACAGGCGUCGUAAGGGAACUCGAAGGGUCGCUAUGAUUGAAAGAAUCUUAAGGGCUUCAACACGACACUGCGAUGCGACGCCUUAUGUACAUAUACCUAUAUGUAUAUAGGCGUCUACCUCCCCACUUGACCACAGAAGAGUAUGAUGUCACAAGUGUUGCUCGCUCGCUCGAUGGACAGUUGUUCUGUGUAGAGGCCCUAAAAGCGUGUUAAAUAAGAAUCGAUACCAAGCGCGGUAAUGUAAUGCUAAACGGCGUUUACUUAUGCUAGUUCUGUUUAACUUAAACACUGCGCUGCCUCGACGGAGCGCCUAGUAUGUUAAUGAAACUACUAUAAUUUUUCACUGUUGCUUGUUGUAGAGUUUUUGGAUAUAUGUAUAUAUUUACAGAUCCCCUUAAGACUGAAUGGCGGCAUAUUAAAUAUCAUCAAUAAAAUAGCGGUGUAACCUCUCCAGAUUGCAUUGCACAUUCCAUGCUUUGGUUUUUAACUUGUAGCACCUGCCAUAAUAAUAUUAGCAAAACAAAUUAACUUUAUUGUAUUGUUACAGAAAAGAAAUCAUGUUUUCAAGUUAUGAAUAAUUAUAACAGUUCAUUGCUUUUAGAAGCAUGUUAAAUGGUACUUAAAUAUAUCAAGUAAAUGUUUGUCAAAGUGUUGCAAAUGAUAAAAAAUAUAUAAAAAAAUAUGCAUAAUAUAUUAAGUUAUGUAAUAAAAUCAUAUUAAUAUUAAAUUAACUUAUUUAUGCGGUUGAGCGUGUGUGCAUUUAUUAGAUGUUUUUAUUUCAUUUAAUUUGAUGUGGUCCGAUUUAUGUUUUAGUCUUAUUUUAGGGUUGACAUUGGUUUCUUAACGAGUUUUAUCGAUCUCUCGAGGUUUUUAUAAUGAACUUAAGGCUGUAUACAUUUUAGAGCCCCUUUAUAUGGAAGGUACUAGUCUUUUAUUUACUUUAGUUAGUGUCGCCUGAAAAUAUACCGCCUUACUUUUUUAAUUUAGGACCAUUUAAAAUUCAUCACAAAAAGCUUAUGAAAAUGUACAAGAAAAUAUAAGGAUAUACUAAUAA